GUUCUUACUGCAGCUGGAGGAGCUCCCUGUGAGUAUCGGUCGUCUGCUGAAUCUACUGGUUCUGAACCUGUGUAACAACCGUCUGACGAGCCUCCCCAGAGAGCUCGGCCUGCUGAAAAAGCUCCACACUCUCAACCUGGGGAUGAACAUGCUGGACGCUCUCCCCAGCUCCAUCGCAGCGCUGAAGGAGCUCCGCCACAUCGGCCUCUCUGACAACAGAUUCACCCGCGUCCCUAGCUGCCUCUCCAGGCUCAUCAAGCUGGAGAGAGUAAUCCUGGACAGAAACCCCCUCCUCACUGAGGAGACACCCAGCCUGGAGUCACUAGCGAUCUCAGAGAGGCUGUACAUGGUGAAGAAGAGCAUCCUGUGUGAGGACUGCCUCACUAAGUUUCAAACUGAGAGGAAGAAGCUGGAGGAUGCUGAAAGAAAUGAGUACAGCACAGUUGUGUACUAACUUCAAGGAACUGGUAUUAACUGGAGUGUGAUUUAUUUCGGUGCUUGUGAAUACAUCCCUGUUUGACUGUAGUUUUUAUGUGUAUCUGAUUUUUAACCACUAAUCUAUCCAGGACCUCACAGAUUUUCCAAAACUUUUCCAAGUUUUACAGUCUUUCAAACAUCUACAAUGACUUUCAAUGGAUCUGUUACUUGUUUGGUUACAGUGCAUAAUAUUUAGUUCCACUUUUGAGAUUUUCUCUGUAAGGUGUUUGGUAGGUUAUAAAUAGAAAUUCCAUUCCAUACUUCAAUUUCACUAACAUACGUAGGUUUUAACUGCAAGAAACACAAGAAUAUGCAUUGAAAACUGCAUGCAUUAUGACUGCUUUGGUCCUAGAGGGCAGUAAAGAGGAAGUAAAACUCAAUACCAAUGCUUUGAUCAAACACCUUCAUGACUGUCAUUAAUAGAGGUUCUUUGCACAAGCACUGAUGCAUAGGACAUUUAUUGUAGCUCAUAACAUAAUGUGUUAAUAAUACAUUUUGAGUACUGCAGUAAAUGGUGAUAUGUUUUAAAUGGAAAGAUAAUAAAACAGUGCUGAAUGAUAAAAUGUC